AUGGUGCUGAUUAAGGAAUUCCACAUGGUUUUACCAUGUUCAGUUCAAGAGUACCAGGUUGGACAACUUUACUCUGUGACUGAAGUCAGUACAAAAGAAACAGAAGGUGGAGAAGGCAUUGAAGUCUUAACAAAUGAACCUUAUGAGAAGGAUGGAGAAAAGGGGCAGUAUACACACAAGAUUUACCACUUAAAGAGUAAAGUUCUUGGGUUUGUCAGGAUGAUUGCUCCUGAGGGCUCUUUGGUAUUUCAUGAGAAAGCCUGGAAUGCAUAUCCCUACUGGAGAACAAUUGUGACGAAUGAAUAUAGGAAAGACGACUUCAUAAAAAUUGAAACCUGGCUCAAACUAGACUUGGAAACAGUAGAAAAUGUACAUAAUUUAGAUCCUAACACAUGGAAGACAGUUGAAAUUGUCCAAAUUGAUAUUGCAGACCAAAGCCAAGUAGAACAUGCAGAUUAUAAAGCAGAUGAAGACUCAGCAUUAUUCCAGUCAGUGAAGAUCAAGAGAGGACCUUUGGGACCCAACUGGAAGAAAGACCUGGCAAAUAACCAAGACUAUCCCCAAAUGUGUGCCUACAAGCUGGUUGCCAUCAAAUUCAAGUGGUGGGGUCUGCAGACUAAAGUAGAAAACUUUAUUCAAAAACAAGAAAAAAGAAUAUUUACCAACUUUCACCACCAGCUGUUUUGUUGGAUUGAUAAGUUGAUCGACCUGACUAUGGAAGACAUUAGAAGGAUGGAAGAUGAGACCCAGAAAGAGCUAGAAGCUAUCUGUUUACGUAAUCAAGGUCAAGUGAGGGGAACCAGUGCUGCCCAUGACGAAUGAGGAGGGACCUGACCAGUAACUUGCAGUGUUGACG